ACCAAAGAGCCGUUACCAGCAUUCGACACUCACGGCGCCAUGGCGUUCAAAUUCUCGCUGGGCGCGGCAAAAGCCAACAAGGCGCAAUUAACACCCAAGGCCAAAGAAGAAGAGGAAGCAAAGGCACGAGAGGAGAAGAAUGCGCUCGACAAGGUCAUGGCCGACUUCAUGGAGGAGCAUGGUGAGGAUAAGAGCAUUCUGGGAGAGUCUGAGCGAGACCAUGCGGCCGAAGAAGAUGUCUUUGUGCCUACCGGGAGCAAGAGACACUUCACGGGACGACAGAGGACAAUGAAGAGCGGGCCAGGCACACUCGAACCUGAACCUUUAGAUGGCUACCCAAGACCCAACGCUCCUCCUGGGCGAUUAGCACCACAAAUGCAGUCAAGAUUCGGAGGCGCAGUUCCUACGGGUCCUGCAGCACUCGAGGCCCCGAAGCAGGCAGAGAAUGUAUUCUCGACACUCGUCGCGAAAGCCUCUAAUCUCCCGCCAGCAAUUGAUCCGCGCCGAGUCGAAGACCUGUUCGCAGCAUUUCCAUCGCUCAAGGUCACCAAGGUCGAGAAGAUUCCCCCGCAAGGCCCGUCUACGAAGGGGCGACCAUCUGCGACGAUGAAGGUUAUAUUCGACAAAGACGCCAAUGCGCGGGACCUUGACGAGGCCAUGAACAAGCUCAAUGACAAGAAAUAUCUGGGCAAGGGAUACUAUCUACACUUGGACAGAUACUUGGGCGGUCGGACAGUAGAGACGGCACAACGUAGCGAGCCGUUUGGCGCUCGCUGGCAGGCACCUGAGUCGCGCAAGGGGUAUGCUCCUCCGCCGGAUCUAGGUGGAGGGAGCAGGGAUAGACCGCGCGAGGAUACUGAACACCUGGUCAUAACCGCAAACCAGCCGCCAGAUCUUGCUACCCUCAGACUAGUCCAUCAGACCAUCGAAGGAGUCAUAAUCGGCGGUGUGGAGUUCGAAGCCGCACUAAUGAACGAUCCGCAGGUUCAAGAUGAAGAGCGAUUUGCUUGGCUCUAUGACCAGAAGCACCCAGUCAAUCGAUAUUACCGGUGGCGGUUACAUCAGUUAGUCUGUGACACGGCGAAUUCCGAGAUCUUUGCCGGUCAAGGUUCUUGGAUCGGCCCCCAGAAUCUUGUUAACGAGUUUGCCGAUCAAUUGGGAGCCUUUGAUGAGGAGGAUGCAUACCCUUCAAGCGAGGAUGAAGAUGAUCAGGAGAAACCACAGUUCAGGCCCCUUCCGGUAGGAGACAACUACCCAGGUCGUGUCGACAAUGGGCUUGGUAUCAUGAGCCCUCGCUCGCGGACAUUGUUCCUUUGGCUAAUUACGUCUUUACCACCUGGGAGCAUCGUUGCAGAUGACAUCGCUGCUAUUUCAGUCUUCGCAGUUGAACAUGCCGCUCAGGGUAUGGAUGAGGUUAUUCACAUACUCAUAUCUAAUAUCAUAGAACCGUUCCAGUUGACAGAGGCCAACCCAAGAAACCGUGCUGGCGAUCCCGAAGGCAAGGACGAUCUUAGGCGCCCCGACAUACGACAGGUCACCUUGAAUGCCCUCCGCAUCAUCUCAGACGUCCUUUUAGUCACCGCAAAGGAAUCCGGUGUAUCGUACAAGUACCGCCUUGCUAUUGGAACCCAGCUGGUGGAGCGCAAAGUGUUCGAGCAUCUCGAACAGCUCCCUAGUCGGCUGGAGAUGGGACGUAUGACGGAAAGGAGUUACAGAGACGAAGUCAACUUGAUCCUUAAAGUCUGGCAGGAUGAGCAUCUAUUCGAUGAUACAACACUCACUCACCUUGAAGAGGUGUUCAACGCGCGCGAGAGGCAGAAGGAGGAGCAGGAGCAAGCACGGCGGUUAGCGGAGAAGAGAAAGCGCAAGGGCAAUGUGGUUCGCAAAGCUACUGCGGGUCCAGGUCCUAGCAACGAGGAAGAGGAGGUGGAGGUGGAAAUGGAUGUGGAUGUGGAUGAAGAUGAUGAAUCACCAGCAGAUCCAGCAGGGGACGCAUCGACGGAAAUACCUCAAGCAACAGCUCCGGAGGUAACCGCACUGGUCGAUGAGGCUAUGGUGUCUAUAGAGCCUAAGAACGCCUCCCCAGAGGCUCUUGCUACAUCGCCUGCGAAUGAGCCACAUGGAGAAACGGCAGCAGCACGGGCUCGCCGUCUGCGACCAAAAGCGGAAGACAUGUUUGCUUCAGACGGAGAGUAGUAGCGUGAUACAGGGUAGUAACUUUUGGUAACUUUGGAGUUGCAAAAGAGCACCCAAAGUGUACCUUCAGGGUUAAGUUUGAGCGGGAGAGUGCUGUGCUGUUUGGAGGAUAGGCAUUGGCAUAUUAUGAUACCCCAGAUAGAAUAGAACUGAAUACCAAUUCCAAGACUUUGGAAC